AAGGCCGAAGCCUCUGUGAAUUUUCGCCUUGCCAUGGGUGUGGCUGCCUCUGGCGAGUGCCAGGGACGAUGCGGCGGCCACGCUUGCACCACGGCGGAACCACUGGAGAUUGAGUCCAUUGGUCCAAGGCCAGUUCAAGAGCAGACGGAGGACGAUGCUGAAUUCGCCACAGCCGAAGACCUUCCUCAAACAAGGGGGCAACUUCGCCUGGAGACAAAGCAGCAGCUGGAUUUGGAUGCUGAGCUGGCUCGUGGCAUCCCAUUGCACCAUGCGUUGAGAACCGGCCGUCUUUGGAGGCUAUCGCCGAUAGACAUGGCGCUCCAGGAACGCGACAGGCUUUGGCACCUUUCUUCCCCAGUCAAGAAGUAUGACCUUUUCCUCUCACACACCUGGCAGUCUUCUGGGACUCAGAAAUACCUCGCACUCCUGCUGCAGUUUGCCUGUCCACUGGUUUUCGGCGCGUGGGCCGUUGCGGCUGCGCUCGCGUUCGGCCUUGGCGUCAUGGACAUGUUGCCCUCGCCUUUUCAAGCGAAGUACUUGUUUGCGAACUCUGGCGUUUCGGAGCCUGUCCCUUUGGGAUGCUGGAUCUUGCUCAGCAACCUCGUCUCCCUUUGCACAUUCUUUGCGUGGCCCUACCUACCACAGCCAACUUCAAAGAGGUGCUUUCUGGAUGCCGUCAGCAUCAAUCAAGUGGAUCAACAGUUGAUGCAAAGAGGUGUGUACGGAAUCGGAGGGUUCCUGAGCAUAUCCCAAGAAUUACGUAUACUGUGGACACCUCAGUACCUUUCAAGACUUUGGUGCGUGUUUGAGAUCGCCAUGUACCGCAAGGCCAACCCCUCUGGCAAAAUUACGUUGGCUCCCGUCUACGUCGAAGUUGUGGCCUUGUGUUUAUGGUUGACAAUGGUCCUGCUGAUGUUUGUGCAGUGGUCAACAUGGAUCCUGGGUGUGACAACAAACUUGGCGAUUGGUGCAUUACUCUUCUCUGGCGUGCCGGUCUGCUGGGCCAUUCAGAGAUUGCGUAGAAGUGCGUACAUCGAGCGCCAGCUGUGGCUCGGCUUGGCGGAGUUUGACUUGCAGACUGCUGGGUGCAGAAUGGAGUUUGACAAGCGCUUCGUGCACGAAAGCAUCGCACAGUGGUACGGUAGUACUGGGGCCUUCACAGAAUACGUGCGCGGGCCCUUGCGACAGGAGCUAGCCCCAUCCUUCAGAUUGCCUUGCAUAUACUAUCUUGCGAUUAUGACACCUCUAAUGAGUGCAGGUUUGGAGGAGCUCUUAUCCCUAGUCAAGUCUCAGGAGCCGUGGCAGAGCCUUGUCGCGCUCGUGCUCGGGCGCACGAUUUCCAUGCCGGUGUCACUGGUGCUGAGCUUCAAAUUUGCCAUGUAUAUGUGUACGCGAUUUGCCGAUCCACACCCCAAAUAUUGGGUCGACUUGAUGCGCUCCUUGUGGAUAGUUUUCUCCUGCACGCUUCUCGCAGUUCUUGGAGUGAUGUUAAGCCUUCGAACUCGGCGCAUUGGCAUUGGCGCUUCUGUACUUUGGGGCCUAGCGCAACUCGGGCUUGCGUUCUGGUCCUUCAGACGGCAAGCUGCUAGAGCUUCUUAGACGGAUCUCGGAGCUGCCUUCCAAAAGUGAUCGACUUUGUCGCGCUGAAGCUUGUAGCGAGCUGAUGGCGGAAUUAGAGAGUGAAGAGAUGCAAUUGGAUACGUGGCAACUCGAUGGUGGGCUCAGCCCGCUUGAACACUUGCUUGCUUCCCAGAGCAGUUUUCGAUGAUUCUUCUUUUCCGAAGCGAAUCAGAUAGAGAGCAGCACUUGUGGCGGGCAUGGUGUGAUGUCCC